GCGAACCCCAGACAUAGUCCACUACACACACAGCCUUCGGACACAUUGGUGAGCGACAACGGAGAACCAGAGAUGGAGCACGUUUAUGGACGACAUAUGAAGUUUGCCGAGUGCUAUGUGACCACUGCGGCGAGAUCGCUACGUGUUACGAUCCCCGAGCUCGUUGUCAUUGCGGUGUAUCCACUCACUGUGCUACUAGGCGAACUGUUACACCAUGCGACGGGCCAUGUUGAUAGUUACUUCUCGAAUAAGCACAACCUGAUCAACGUUGUCUUUGUCAAGCAGGGAUGGGCAUGGACGAUCUUUGUGCUGCUCUACUUUCUGAUCCAGCACUAUGGGCUGACAAGGACCACUCUGCUGCGUAUUCUCGGCGGCACAGCGUGGUGGGUUGUGUUUACACAGUGGUUCUUUGGUUUGCCACUCAUGGACAGAAUCUUCUUGAUGACGGGCGGCGGGUGCAACUAUGAGAGCUUCGAGAUAGACAUCGAGCAGGAUGUUGUCAUCGGCAGUCUGAUGUGCCGGAAGAUGAAAGGCACCUGGAUCGGAGGCCACGAUCCAAGUGGACACGUUUUCCUGUUGGUGUUGAGCUCACUCAUCAUGUGGUUUGAGCUUCUUGAAAGAGGCACACUGUUGACAGACCUCACCAAGUUUAGAGACGCCGUUCAGAGGAGCUCAGUGGCGCCAUAUGGUCAAAUCACCUCUUGUCUCAGAGCACUGACUCAUUCGACGAUGCUGCUGUUGGGCUUGUUGUGGCUGUGGUGGUUCAUGCUACUGAUGACUAGUACAUACUACCACUACUUCUCAGAAAAGAUCACCGGGCUGAUAGCAGCAUACAUCGGCUUGUUGAUAUACAUUGGGCCACGUUUCAUACACGACACCACUCGGAAGGUACUAAAGACAUAGAGAUGGUGUUCUCUUCACUCUAUGUAUAUAUAGAACGGGUAUAUAUUAUAACUCUUUCACUCUCCAGGAUGAAGUUG